AUGAGGGAAGGUAUACCAACGCAAUGCAAGUCUCUUGGCUACGAGUUGCCCUUCCCUUUCCUCGUUAUUGGAGAAUCACUGUCUUCUGAGUGCCUCUUUCAUAAUACCAAAGAAAUGACAAAAUUUUUCGGUCUAUCUCAAUAUGUUCAUAUCUAUCUAUCUAUCUAUCUAUCUAUCUAUCUAUCUAUCUAUCUAUUUAUCUAUCUAUCUAUCAGGUCAUAUCGAUCUAUCUCAAUCAGGUCAUAUCUAUCUAUCUAUCUAUCUAUCUAUCUAUCUAUCUAUCUAUGUAUCAGGUCAUAUCUAUCUAUCUCAAUCAGGUCAUAUCUAUCUAUCUAUCUAUCUAUCUAUCUCAAUCAGGUCAUCUAUCUAUCUAUCUAUCUAUCUAUCUAUCUAUCUAUCUAUCUAUCUAUCUAUCUAAAUCAUUCAUAUUUAUCUAUCUAUCUCAAUCAGGUCAUUAUCUAUCAUCUAUCUAUCUAUCUAUCUAUCUAUCUAUCUAUAUAUAUAUAUAUAUAUAUAUAUAUAUAUAUAUCCCUGUCUAUUCGCAUCCAUCUAUCAGUCCCAGCCUAUUCGCAUCUAUCUAUCUAUCUAUCUAUCUAUCUAUCUAUCUAUCUAUCUAUCUAUCUAUCUAAAUCAGUCUGUUCAUAUUUAUCUAUCUAUCUCAAUCAGGUCAUUAUCUAUCUAUCUAUCUAUCUAUCUUCUAUUCGCGUCCAUCUAUCAGUCCCAGCCUAUUCGCAUCUAUCUAUCUAUCUAUCUAUCUAUCUAUCUAUCUAUCUAUCUAUCUAUCUAUCUAUCAGGUCAUAUCGAUCUAUCUCAAUCAGGUCAUAUCUAUCUAUCUAUCUAUCAGGUCAUAUCGAUCUAUCUCAAUCAGGUCAUAUCUAUCUAUCUAUCUAUAUAUCUAUCUAUCUAUCUAUCUAUCUAAAUCAGUCUGUUCAUAUUUAUCUAUCUAUCUCAAUCAGGUCAUCUAUCUAUCUAUCUAUCUAUCUAUCUAUCUAUCUAUCUAUCUAUAUAUAUAUAUAUAUAUAUAUAUAUCCCUGUUUAUUCGCAUCCAUCUAUCAGUCCCAGCCUCGCAUCUAUCUAUCUAUUCGCUAUCUAUCUAUCUAUCUAUCUAUCUAUCUAUCUAAAUCAUCCCAGCCUAUUCGCAUCUAUCUAUCUAUCUAUCUAUCUAUCUAUCUAUCUAUCUAUCUAUCUAUCUAA